AUGACUUCCUCUAUUAUUAACGUUGACUACCGUGGCCGCAUUGCGGUUGUUUCCAUUAAUAAUGCCAAAAAGCUCAACGUAUUGAGCCAGCAGCAGUACUUCGAACUCGCUAGUCGCAUGAGAGAAAUUGCUACUCAUGAUGAAGUAUUCAUAACUGUAAUCACCGCCAAAGGGCGUUACUUCUCUGCUGGCUUCGAUGUUGGCAGCAACCCCCCGUUGCCGAAGGGGGAGGACAAGAUACGCCUACACUGGCUCCAGCACUUUCUCGCAUUCAAUAUUAAUAUCACAGAUGCCUUCGCAACCCACCCAAAGGUCUUGGUUGUAGCUCUCAACGGACCUGUGAUUGGACUAUCUGCAUCCCUUACAGCGUUUGCAGAUUUUGUGUACUGCGUCCCCGAUACAGUUCUUUUCAUGCCGUUCGCAUCUCUUGGCCUUGUCACGGAGGGCGGCGCCUCGCGAGCUCUAGUUCAGCGGCUAGGAGCAGGAAAGGCGAGAGAGGCGCUACUCAUGUGCAAAAAGAUCACGUCGGAGGAACUCCUAGCUGCAGGCUUCGUUAACAAGAUUUUCCCUUGCAGCCAAGGUGAGGAGGAAAAGUUCCACCGCCUUGUAUUCGAGGAAAUUGAGGAGCGACUAGGCGAUCAACUUGUGGGAGAAAGCUUGAUCCAGAUCAAGAAGCUCAUUAAUAAACCUGAAGUGGAAGCAAUGGAGAGGCAAAAUAUCGCCGAGGUGUUUGCCGGCGUAAAUAGCCUAGUCACAGGACUUCCGCAGGCCGAGUUCGACAAGAUUUCUUCCGGUCGUAAGCGAUUUAAACUAUGA